GGGAGAAUAUUAGGACCACCUAGAAACAGGAAGCAGAAGAAAUUAAAGCAUCAAGUACAACAGGCGCGUCAACUGAAGACAUUUAUGCACCUAGUAUUGCGUGGUUUGAAAUCGCAGAUAAAUUUCUACGUGAUGUAAUGAAGAUCAGAAAUAAAUACACUAAUCUGCCUAAAAAAGACGUGAGUGACUCAACGGACCAGGAACAAAGUGAACAAGAAUUUAAAACAGAAAACGAGAGUGACUAUACUGCUGAGGCCCACGCUGACACCUUUAUUGCUGAGUCACCUAGUAGAAAUGAAGCAUUUAGUGAGACAGAUGAUUCCAUAAAUAAAGCGACACUUCAUACUGAAGGUUCAAAACCGGAAUGUAGCAGUUUUAAGACACCAAAAUCAAUUUCGAAAAAAAUCAAAAAAUUUAAAAGCGCGACUCCUGAACAUAUUGAAAAAACGAUAAAUACUUUAAAAUCAUUAAAAGAGGAUGUGCAAAAAACCCAGAUGGUCAAUGAGUUUUCACAUUUUGCCAAUAACAUAGUAUCUCAAUUACGAGAAAUUCCAAUUGCUGAUGCAAAGGAGUGUCAAUUAAAAAUAAUGAAAAUAGUCCAAGAAAAGCGUCUUAUGGUAAUGCGUCGAAACCAGCAAAUUAAUGAACCGUCAACUUCAUGCAAUGCAUUUUACAAUCCUGCACAUAAUCAGGAAUGAAUACUCUCUAAUAGGAAUAAUAUUCAUCAUUCAAAUAGAUCUGAUACAUCAGAACUAUCUCCCAGGUCAUCAACUUCUGAACAACAAGAUGAAUCGCUCAGCAACAGCCAAGAUAGUUUCUCAGAAAAAUACAUCACUGGCAGUAUAUUAAAGCUAUCCGCAGUAUCGGUGGUUUUGAUGAAUGUGGAAAAUAAGUUAAAUUUCUUGUCCUGUUCUUUUUAGGUUUAGGAAUAUUUGGUUUUUUUUUAUGCUAAAUUACAAUAAAAAAGUAACAUUUUGC